UGUGUGUGUGUGUGUGUGUGUGUGUGCGCCUGUCUAUGUGUGUGUGGCAGCACUAAAGAGAGCCCAUUUCUGGUACCGAACGGCUAAAUUGAACAGCCAUAGACUUUUAAUGUUUUAAAUAGAGAGGGAGCGAAAUACUUAAUAUAUUUAUAUAUAGGGAGAUAACACACAGGCGCACUCAUACUCUCUCUCUCUCUCUCUGCCUCUCUCUCUCUCUCUCUUUCUCUCUCCCCCUCUCUCUCCCUCUCUCUCUCUCUCUCUCCCUCUCUCGUGUUUUUUCCACACACCUCUGCUCGUGUGAUAUAUUUGUAUAUAGAAUUUAUAUGCACAGGUGCAGCUAUAUAUUUCGCCCGGUCCGAUGGCUCUAAGCGGUUGUGGAUUAUAAAAUGCGGUUUUUCCUCUCUGCCACUGGAAUAUCGUUCAACGCCGCCUACAUCGGUACAUGAUAUAUUAUUUAUUUUAUUGUUUCAUUAUUUUGUCAUUUUUCCGCCCGAAGAGGUGAUCUUUCUUACGCACCGAGGCGUUGUGGAGACCCGAAGAGCCCGUUCGAUGCCUUUGGAACAUGUCCUAUGUUCCCUUUCAAGAUGCAAGGUACGCCGCCCCCCCCUCCUAUCGCCCCCACCACCCCGUGGCCCACGGGCCCUCCUACGACCGGCCCGGAUGGAACCCGCGCCACUGCGUGAUCGCUGGAAAUCAGCUCUAUAUGUUGGACCAAGAGGAGGUCCACCCAUUGCUGAUGCGAGAGCGGCGCUCCGAGUCGCACCGGAACAAGCUGCUGCGGCGGACCGUCAGCGUGCCCGUUGAGGGGAGACACCACCCCGAGAUCGAGCACGCCCGGGCUCGCCGGAAGAGCAUAGCGACUGGGAAGCAGCCAAGCAUGGAGACCCCUCCCACUGCCCCUCCUCAACCCUUCCGACAACCCGUCGCAGGUUCAAACCCAGGGGCGGGAAUCAGUGGCGCACCCCUGCCCCCGGCGGAGAGUUUCCUCAGCAAAAGGUUGAAGGGCUCCAUCAAGCGAGCUAAGAGCCAGCCCAAACUGGACCGCACCGGCAGCUUCCGCCACAUGAUCCUGCCCCGAUUCCGCAGCGCCGACCAAGACAGGACACGCCUGAUGCAGAGCUUCAAAGAGUCCCAUUCCCAUGAGUCCCUGCUGUCCCCCAGUAGUGCGGCAGAGGCCCUGGACCUCACGCUGGAUGAGGACGCCAUCAUCAAGCCCGUCCACUCCAGCAUACUGGGGCAGGAGUACUGCUUCGAGGUGACAACGGCCUCGGGGACUAAGUGCUUCGCCUGUCGCUCGGCUGCGGAGAGAGACAAGUGGAUCGAGAACCUGCAGAGAGCCGUCAAACCCAACAAGGACAACAGCCGGCGGGUGGACAACGUGCUGAAGCUGUGGAUCAUCGAGGCACGUGACCUGCCGCCCAAAAAGCGUUACUACUGCGAGCUGUGCCUGGACGACAUGUUGUACGCGCGCACCACCAGCAAGCCCCGCACCGACACCGUCUUCUGGGGCGAGCACUUUGAGUUCAACAACCUGCCCGCCAUCCGGAGCCUCCGCUUGCAUCUAUACAAAGAGACUGACAAGAAGCGGCGCAAGGAGAAGAGCACGUACAUCGGCCUGGUCAGCAUUCCCAUCUCCAGUAUCACGGGCCGGCAGUUCGUAGAGCAGUGGUAUCCAGUCAUCCAGCCCAGCGUCCUGGCCAAGGGUGGGGGCGUGGGUGGUGGCAAGGUCAUCAAUGCCUCUCUGCGCCUCAAGGCACGCUACCAGACCAUGAGCAUCCUGCCUAUGGAGCUGUAUAAAGAGUUUGCCGAGUACGUCACCAACAACUACCGCACGCUCUGCAUGGUCCUGGAGCCUGUGCUGAGUGUUAAGAGCAAGGAGGAAGUGGCGUGUGCCCUGGUGCACAUCCUGCAGAGCACCGGCAAAGCCAAGGACUUCCUAUCUGACAUGGCAAUGUCUGAGGUGGACAGAUUCAUGGACCGAGAACAUCUAAUUUUUCGUGAGAACACUCUGGCCACCAAAGCCAUAGAGGAGUACCUCAAGCUGAUCGGACACAAGUACCUCAAGGACGCCUUAGGCGACUUCAUCAGAGCCUUGUACGAGUCAGAGGAGAACUGUGAAGUGGAUCCCAUGAGGACGCCACCCUCCGUCCUCCCUGAUCAUCAAGCUAAUCUUCGCAUGUGCUGUGAGCUGGCACUUUGCAAGAUCAUCAACUCUCACUGUGUGUUCCCCCGAGAGCUGAAGGAGGUCUUUGCCUCUUGGAGGGUGCGCUGUGCGGAGAGAGGGAGGGAAGACAUUGCGGACCGCCUCAUCAGUGCCUCCCUUUUCCUUCGGUUCUUGUGCCCAGCCAUCAUGUCCCCCUCCCUGUUCAAUCUUACCCAGGAAUACCCUGACGAACAGACGUCACGCACCCUUACACUCAUCGCCAAGGUGGUGCAGAACCUAGCCAACUUCUCCAAGUUCAGCAGUAAAGAGGACCACAUGUGCUUCAUGAAUGAGUUUCUGGAGAUGGAAUGGGGCUCCAUGCAGCAGUUCCUCUAUGAGAUCUCCAACUUGGACAGCAUCAGCAACGCUGGUGCCUUUGAGGGCUAUAUUGAUCUGGGCAGGGAGCUGUCCAUUCUGCACAGCCUACUAUGGGAGGUCAUGGCCCAGCUCAGCAAGGAUGCUAUCAUCAAACUCGGACCUCUGCCGCGGCUCCUCAAUGACAUCAGCAUGGCCCUGCGGAACCCCCACCUGCAGAGGCAGCCCAGCCACCAGACGGACCGACCCCCGCCCGAAAGGCAAAUGGACCGGCUACUCUCGCGGCCGAGCUUCAAUCGCAUCGUCUCCUCUGACUUCCAGAGUCAUAUGAUGCGGGACCUGAACAGCUCCAUUGACAUCUCUCGCCUGCCUUCACCUACGUCUGGUCUGUCCAGCGGGGGGCACUUAGCAUCCCACGGAGGCAUGGGGGGCUAUCCAGAUCGAGAUCACCCGCACCGAGCGUCGAAGGAUGUCUUCUAUGUAACCCGACCCCCGUUGGCCCGAUCCAGCCCGGCGUACUGCACCAGCAGUUCCGACAUUACAGAACCCGACCCAAAGGUUCUCAGUGUUAACAAAAGUGUGUCAAUGAUGGACCUCCAGGACUCCAGAAUGAACAGCAUCUCGAACCUGCAGUCGGUGGGUGACAUGCUCAACUCCUCCCAGGCGUCCAUCGCUGGCUUGGGCAGCUACGCUGGAGUAGGGGGCCUCGGCGGAGGCCUGGGAGGGGGCCUGCGCGCUGGGGGUCGCCUGUCAGCCGGCUCCGGGGGCUCCAGCAUGUCCGGCGGCCUGAGGCUGAGCCAGCUGAGCCAGAUGGGCGCGACCACCGACUCCCUUUCCCAGCAGCAGCAGCAGCAGGCGGCCGCCAUGCACUACCCGCUCUCCUUCCAGAACCCUCUCUUCCACAUGGCGGCCGACGGGCCGCAGCUGCAUCACCAACCCAGCCGGGCACAGCUGCCACCGCCCCUCCUCCUGGCCCCGGAGCCCGAGACCCCCCACCCGCCCUACAUCCCUGCCUUCGGUCAUGGGGGGUUCUCCCGAAGCGAGGACCUCUCGGCGCUCCGGGCCAGCAGCCUGGUCCAGCCCAGCAUCAUCCACUCCCACAGCUACAGUGACGACUACACUCGGCAGAACCAGGCUGACUACAGCCGCCGCCAGCUCUCUAUCAUGCAGGAUAAUUUCCAUCAACAACAGCAACAGAUGAUGAUGAUGGGCAUGGGGCCCCAAACAGGCACUUCUUCUUCCCUGGCCACGCCCCCCUCCACCGUUCACCCUAUGCGACAGAGCUCCAUCGUCCCGCCUCCUCAACGUAUCAAAUCCCAGACUUCUCACCAGCUGUCCGUCAGCUCGGCGGCAGCCUCCACCCCUCCCACCAAGGCACGGCCACCCAGCGGAAACCUGCUCCAGUCCCCGGAGUCCAGCUUCGGGGGCAGACAGCCAGCGCCGCGGCAACAGCUGUCGGUUAAAGACAGCCCCGCUCCGGGGCUCCCGCACCAGCAGAGUUCAGUCAGGGAGACCCAGGGUCCCCAGGGAGGCCCAGCACAGGGCCCACAGCAGCAGCAGCAACCUCAGCAACAGCAUUUACUGAAGCCAACUAUCAGCAAACAGGGCUCAGCAUCGCCGUCUACCCUGAAUCCACCUACGCAGGCUGCAGAGCGCACCGUCGCUUGGGUGUCCAACAUGCCUCACCUCUCCGCUGACAUCGAGAGCUCACGCAUCGACAGGGAGGAGUUCAAACUCAAGGAAUACUCCAAGAGCAUGGACGAGUCACGCCUGGAAAGGGUGCGGGAGUACGAGGAGGAGAUCAACUCGCUGAAAGAGCGCUUGAUGCUGUCCCAUCGCAAACUGGAGGAGUAUGAGAGGCGACUCCAAACCCAGGAGCAGCAGACGACUAAAAUACUCCAGCAGUAUCAGAGUCGGCUGGAGGACAGCGAGAGGAGGCUGAGGCAGCAGCAAGUGGAGAAAGACAGCCAAAUUAAAGGAAUAAUCAGCAGGCUAAUGGCGGUGGAGGAGGAGCUGAGAGGCAGCGCCAUACCUGACCUGAAACCCCGGAUGUUCGCAGACCAGGAAGAGCAGUUUUCCGCCUUGGGUUCAGCAGACCCCGGUGUGAUCUCUGAAAGAGGAGGAGGUGGAGGUGGAGGAGGCAUGACCAUCACCUCCGGCUCUGGAGUCUCUUCCUCGGGCGUCUCCUCUUCCAGCUCCCCCUGGAACGGAGUCGUUCCUCCCCUCCCCCCUCCUCGCCUGCACUUCAGCCAGAACGGAGAGCUCUGCGGCAACCGAGCAUCCUCCCCAGUGACCGCUACCACGGUAACCGGGACCACAGCAACAGCAACAUCAAGACCGGGUAUAGAAGAAGGGGGAGCAGGUCAAUAACAGCCUGAACCAAACCGGAGAGAGGACUCAAAUACAUCAACAAGCUUUCUCUCGCCUUGAUGCAUUUUGUCUCGAUUUUUGUCACGAGACAAAAUUUAAUUUUUUUUUUUUUUUUUUUUGCCCCAAGACAGAGAGAAGGGAGAUCCAAGGGGGAGACACACGACACACACAGUAUACACCCACAUCUGAAAAGGGCUUUUCAAAUGACCUGUUCUCAACAGCUUUUGUUUUGAAGGUCAUGUGGGCUUUUGUCUAAGUUGUAGGAAAGGACAGUGGAUCCUUCUUCGGAGCUCCUCAGCGUCUGGAUUUCAAGCAAUUCUCCCAUGAGCCCCUCACCAUGAUCAGGUUCAUGAGCUGAUGACCGGCCACAUAAGAGACAAACAAACUUCCCCUGGGUUGCCACUUUUCCACUCUCGAGGUAGUUUAUGUCUUAAAUAGGAUUAAGGUGUGGAAAUAUUUCUCGGGUUGUAGCCGAUUCGCAAGUGAAUGCAUGCGGUGCCGUGAUUCCCUGGGCAACGAGGGGCAACCCACUUCCUGUCCCGAAAUUGUCAGCUCUUGAACUCCAUUGGUUGAGACAUAAUCACAUUAUUUGGCUUUCUCAGUGCCUUUCAGGAUCUUCUAACAGGGUUUUACAAGAGCAUGCAGUGAAGCUGUCGCUAUUCCAAUAACACGAACAGCAAAGGGAAGCCACUCGUAUGCGUGUCAAGCAGUCUCUGGGUGGAAAUAUAUAGAGACGUGGGCUGAAAGGUUUUGGUGUUACGGUGUCAGUUCAAGAAACUUAGUCAUCUGAUACUGUUGAAAUAAUGAAUUCGGACUGGACUUGACUGAACUGGACUGGACUUUGGCAAAAGUUUUCUCUUCUCAAUCUCAGAACCACUGCAGGAUGAACCAGCGAUACGCUAGCGUGUAGUGCCACUGUCACGGCACAAAGCUACUCUGUUCCCCCUGCAGUCCUUCACUGGCCCUUUUUUUUAUCUCCAGGGCACUUUUUUAAUGUACUUUCAUUGUCCACGUGUAUUUUGUUCACACAUGUGUUAAUGUUGUGUGUUUUCGUGUGAGUGUGUGCGCUCGUGUGGUUCGCGUCUGUCAAGAGAACACAACACUUCAACCAAAAUUUGCCAAGGGGCUGAGUUUCAGCUGUUCCCACAGAGCUAUUUUUCUAUUAGAUAUCAUACCAAAUAUUGACAGGAAAAACCAAGAAAGUGUUUUGGGGAAACCUGCUGUCCUGGAAAUGUGCCGCCUAACAUGGGGAAAGUACAGUCUUAUUGGGCUGGGGGGUGUUGACGUAACAAUUCCGAACGUUCAGAAUGAGAUAUUUUGCACGUAAAACACCCGCGGACGCACUUGAGUGUAUGAACUGAUUCUGAAGUUGCACCUGUGGAAAUAGGUUUUUUUAUGUGAUUACCUCAUUUGAACUUUACAAUACAACUUCACAUUUUCAUCAGCGGCUGCCAUAAUCCUUCACACCAUUACGAUCAUUUGUGUGGAAAAUCAGUAGGUCUGAAUUUCGUUAAAUAAAGAUAUCACGUGAAGCAAGGGCAAGAAAAUAACACCGCACUCACAACUUCUUUUGACACUGACAUGCGUUGACAUUGUACUGAACCUAUUUCUUCUGGCUGAUGUUGCGCAGUAAAUGAGAACUGCAAAAAGUUUCAGCUAUGUUUUAGUAUUUCCAUAUUUAAGGAGACAAAACAGGUGUCGGCAAAAAAUUUAAUCUAUGUGUUUAAUUAUGCAAAACUUUAUUUAUUUAUUUUUUUUUUUAUAGGUACUUACUGUAAAAUAUAAUUUGAUACAGGGGUGGGUUCCAGGGGUAAGCUGCUAAACAUAUUAUAAUAAAUUGGUUUAGUUAUUGACAAAAUUGAUUGUGCCUAUAAUACAUUUAGUUAUGUUUUUCAGAAUAAUGAAUGACUCCAUUAGCAUUUCUCCAUUAAGUUAAUACAUUUUCUAAGAUGCUCUGCUGAAGAAUACAUGUGCUAAAUGUGGGCAGUCACUUUACUUCAUUUGUCCACCGCGAUCACAACUCCUCUCCCCACCCAAUGCCUAUUAUGAAGCCCUUACCCUGCUUACCCUGUUUUACCCUGUGUGGUGGGAGUAUCCCCAGCUCCUCAGGUGAGUGAUACCUGGACAUAACAGCGGUGGGGAUUUGCUCUCAGCAAAGCUUUGUGGGAUAUUCUCUGACCUUGGCCCCUGUGUAAAUGCAAGUCUUGUUACUGCCUUUCUACUGUCCUAGAUGCCUUUGUCUGCACUACAUUGAGUCCUCUUUUUCAUUUCAGAUGUUCUCUCAUCACUAUGUGCUGUGUUUUGUCUUGUCACGUGAAACGCAAGUAAAAGUAAUAAUGUAAUAUAGAUUACAAUAAUAUUUUGUAAGUAUCUUAAAGCCUUCCAUGUGCUGAACAUCUCCAAGCAGUGUACAUGCCAGUAUAUUAUCAAGCGCUAUACAACAAUAAGGGCCAACAUACAUAAGAGCUUAAGAU